UUGCUUUCGGAAGGGGCUGCUCCUGGUAAAACCGUAAUUAGAUGAAAUGGAGAAGCUGACGGCCAUGGAAGAACCUCUGUAUAUCCGUGGAAUAUCUCCCUCAAAUGUCGUUCUUCUUUCCGAAAGUGGUCUCCUCCCGGCUUCUGGCUUUCUUUCCGAAAGCUGAAACCCGCGGCUGCUGCUGAAACGGUACACCUGCAAGGAGAUUUCUGUUUUUCUCAGCUGAAUUCCAGCUGCAAAUCAGUAUAUUUUCGAAAAGGCGGUUUGGGAUUUUGGUGGAUUCGAGGUCAAUUUUGACGGGACAUGGCGAGAAAAGAGGGUUUAAUGAUCGUUUCUGUCAAGAAUUAGUUAGGUUUGGAAACCCGAAUGCGAAGAAAGCGAGAUAGAGUUCGGAUUUUGGGACACUUCUCUACGGAUCUGAUCGGAGUUCAAGCAAAUUCAGCCGUUGAUGGAUGCAUCGCAAGGUUCCGGCGCUGGAUCUGGUAAUUCCAGCGAUUACACGCCGGAAAUCGCAGAAACCUUACCAUUCGGAGAAUGGAUCCAGAGCUUAAUGAAGGAAAACCUCCUCCAACAGAGCUUGGAGUCGCCAGAGGAAAACGAAAGCUCUUUCACCGCUCUUCUCGGCCUUCCGACGAACCGAGCUCUAGAACUCCUACACCUGCCGAAAUCCGGCGAAUCUCCGCCCAUUCCCAGCAAUGAGGUCUGGAGAGAUCAAGAAAGGGAUGCGAAAGCCCUAGGAUUUUCCUUCAGCUGCUCUCCGACCUUCCCUUCGACCGCAGCACCUGUGGAGCGAGCAGCGAGGUUCUCCGUCUUCCCGGGGGAAUCGCCCGGAACGAGCUCUGAUCCGUCGAAUUCCAGCGAGAAUUCGCUUAAAUUGAAAGCCGAACCGACCGAUUACGACUCGAACCCGAUUUCCUCGCCGAUUUCGACCGAGAAACAGCGAUCCGGGAAGAGAAGAGAAGGGGAGAAAAACAAGGUUAAAGCGCCUGCAAAAAAGAGCAGAAAGGCCGAAGAUGGAAGCUCAGGAACGCGCGCAGAAAAUAACGGAGACGAGAAGCUUCCGUACGUUCACGUUCGGGCGCGUCGAGGGCAAGCUACUGACAGUCACAGCUUGGCGGAAAGAGCAAGGAGAGAGAAGAUUAAUGCUCGGAUGAAGCUACUGCAGGAGCUGGUCCCCGGCUGCAGUAAGAUCUCUGGGACUGCAUUAGUGCUGGACGAGAUCAUUAACCACGUGCAAUCAUUGCAACGUCAAGUGGAGUUCCUGUCAAUGAGGCUUGCGGCGGUGGACCCAAGAAUCGACUUCAGUGGUCUAGAGAGCAGCUUCUCUUCAGUUACAGGCAGUCCAGUGGCCGGUAAUUUCACAAGAAUGGUUGGUUCAGAGCCAUCAUUAUGGCCAGAACUCCAAGUUAAUGGAGCGAGAUGGCCCCUUCAACCAUUGUUAUUGGAAAGAGAUGACAACCAUGCGUUUAUGCCCCCUGAGUCCUCGCUAAUUGGUUACGACUCCGUAAAUUCAAGUAAUUCCUCUGCACAGCAGUUGAAAAUGGAGAUAUGAAGAAGCUGUCAAGUAGAUCAUUGUUGGUAGUUUGUAGUGUGUACAUAAUGGAGGUAUAUUGGCAGCAGCAUAGUUGAGAAGAGCUCUCAACAUUCUUUAAGGGUUACACCACUCUGCUGUGUCAGCAGAAGUGAGUUUCAAACCCUAUCUUUUUUCCUACCUAGAUAGACUAAAAGAAGUUCGAUUACAUCUAUUUUGUAUGUUGUCUAAUUGCUAACUUUGGGUAGUCCAUCCUCUCAUCUGUUCCUUGCUUUACCUCGUCCAUGUGAUUAAUUGAUAUCUGAACUUUAUUCAA